AGAGCUCCUUUCUUAACGGUACCUGCCUAUUUCUCCAUACUCCAUACUGCUCCCAGUUUGAGCCCCACAUAUCGCCCAGCCCCGCCUUAAGUCAGAUCGUCUUCGAUAGCCUCUUCAUCGCUGCUCUCUUGAGUCGCUGUGCGGCGCUGGCUUGCAAAACACACUAGCAUAGCUACAUUACAACAGUGCACCCCUGGCUCUAUCGAGAAAGAAUAGCUAGUAGCUCGCUAGCUCUCUAUAGCUAAAAUUAAAACCAUGUCCACCACCACCGGCGGAGAGUUUGGUAACCCCCUGCGGAAAUUCAAGCUUGUUUUUCUGGGCGAGCAGAGCGUGGGGAAGACCUCGCUCAUCACCAGGUUUAUGUAUGAUAGCUUUGAUAACACCUAUCAGGCAACAAUUGGUAUAGAUUUCCUAUCCAAAACCAUGUAUUUGGAGGACCGUACGAUUCGUCUCCAGCUCUGGGACACUGCCGGUCAGGAGCGCUUCCGCAGUCUCAUUCCCAGCUACAUCCGUGAUUCCGCUGCUGCUGUGGUGGUCUAUGAUAUAGCAAACCUCAAUUCAUUCCAGCAAACCUCAAAGUGGAUUGAUGAUGUCAGAACGGAAAGAGGAAGCGAUGUCAUAAUUAUGCUGGUUGGGAACAAAACGGACUUGGCUGAUAAAAGACAGGUGUCUGUUGAGGCUGCAGAGAGGAAAGCUCGGGAGCUCAAUGUGAUGUACAUAGAGACCAGUGCCAAGGCAGGAUAUAACGUCAAACAGCUGUUCCGCCGCGUGGCUGCUGCUCUGCCCGGGAUGGACAACGCUCCGGAGAAAAGCAAAGAGGACAUGAUUGACAUCAAACUGGAGAAGCCACCAGAACAGCCUGUGACUGAGAGCAGUUGCUCAUGCUAAUGCCCACAUACCCCCCCCCCCCCCCCUUUUUUUGCGCCUCCCCAAUAGCUUGAUUCUCAUUGGCCACUUGCACCAACAACGGCAGCGUGCCAUUGGCUGGAGAAUCUAUUCCCGUUGGCUCAGUGACUUUUCGGAGUAACCGUGUGGAUGUGCUAUUACUCUGUAUUUAAACAAAUAAAUUCAAAAAAUGUAAAGGCUUAAAAAAAAAAAAAGAGAAACCCAUUAAACCACAGAAUAAGUUAAAGACCAAUUUGUUCAAAAAUAUCUAUUUCAACUGCAUGACAUAUAUAGGACUGCACACUGAUAGCUUCUCCCACAACUCUUGAUUUCUUGCACUUUUUUGAAGCGACAUCAGUGCUGUCACAUUUGUCAUUGUUGUAAAAUAAUGUUGGAGGUUGGCCUUGUAUUCACACAUGAAUAGUGGAUAUCAGAUAAUGCCUCUGUUGUUCUGAAAUGAGUGACAUGUGUAUUGACGUUUAUUUGGAUUUUGGUUUUAUUUCAUUGGUUUUUUGAAUAAGACAAGAUCUGGAUUGCUUGGUGUCUGGCUACUUUUCAUCUUGAUUGGGAGAGUGAAGAGGGGAGAGCUAAUAUGUCUUUACUGACCUUUAAACAAAGUUUCUGUUCUCGAUCUUUUCAAUUGAACUUUUCUUUCCCAUAAGACUGGACGAGUAAGGCCAGGCUCAACCGCUGAUCAUAAAGUUAGUACUUCAAAAGGACCAAAAAAAAUACUAUAACGUUGACUUAAAUGAAAUGGGAUUUUUUAACUUAUAUAGCCUCAGUAAGGAGGGAGUUCAUUCAAAUCUUAUAUGCUUUUUUUUUUUUAAUUUUUAUUAUUAUUAUUAUUAUUUUUUUCCCCAGCCAUUACUUUUUAAAUAUUUUUUUCUUUAAUUUGGUGACUUUUCAACUCAGGCUAUGAACAGCCAAAGAGGGCUAAACUCUGAAAGGGUUAGUUUGUCGGCAAACUACUAGCAGUAGCCAUGCCCGUUUUUAUACCCAAGUAAUGUGGGGAUGCUCCAAAUAGAAUGUACUACUGACUGGUAGAUAAAAUAUGUAUUUCCAGUAAAGGGAAAAUUGACCCCAGAUCCUCGUGAAUAGUUCUUUGAACAAAUAACCUUGCCGUUUAUGUCCAUGUAAGCCCGUUCAGUCUAGCUGUUCUGUUGAUUGACCCCUUUCUCUGCUUGUAUAAAAACAAUAUAUAUAUAUAUAUAUUUUGCUUAUUUUCCACCUCGCUUCUAAUGCAGGAAUAGGGUGCUUUUUGUCCUGCUUUGCCUGACACUGACAGCUGUUUCUUGACACUAUUGUGGAGCUGCAUGCUGAACUUGCAGGACUAGUUAGAAGGACGUUGUACAAAGCCAUGCUUGCCUGGUCCCUUGCGCCAAGCACUGUAUUGUUCCACACUAUCGGAGAUGUCAGCAACUUGAUAGUCUGCUUUGGUAAUGAGGAGGUUCGAUUUGUUGAACGGAUAGUGAGAGUUCAGUCUUUGGAUGACACUUAGCUGUUAGCAAGCACCCUCGCCUUGCAAAAACACAGACGCCUACCUGUUGCUUUUGCUUGAGCAAGUGGCCUUUUUAUGUUUUUUUUUCUUCUUUCUACUUUUGAGAAAAUGGCAUUGUUUGUGUAACACCAAAACCGGUUAAUACUAAUUAUUAUUAAUUAUUAUUAUUAUUAUUAUUAUUAUUAUUAUUUUUAUUAUUAUUAUUAUUACUACUUACAGCCUUGAGAUGAGUAAGUUAUUUUUUAUUUAAUUAUUAGCAUGUCUUAUUACUGUGCCUCAAAGUGAGGGCUGGGCCUUUUUAUUUUUAUUUUUCUGUGUGGGCUUGGGUCACCCUGGGUGUCCUGACCCCCCGGUCCGGGCUGGUUUGUGUAGUCAGUGUUGCGUUGAAAAGGAUCAACAGAGUCAGAAUAAAUGCAGUGGGAAUGCGUUAAGUUACUUCAUUUUUUCCCCUCUUGUCCCCACCAUACAUACAUGCACAGAAACACUCUCACUCCUCUCACCUGCACCAGCGCUCAUACACAUCUGCUUUAGUUUGGGUAAAAACAUUUAACAUAUGAAUAUGUAGAUAAAUAUUUAAUUCUCUUGUAUGAAAUGACCCUCUUUGCCUAAACGGAUCUCUUACUACUUGUCACUGACUGAAAUUGAAUAUUCAGCUGUGCUAUUCUGGAGUGUGUCUGUCCAUUUGAAACAUGCUGUCUACUAGUCUUUAGCAAUGUUUGUGUGAAUAAUGUACCAUUACUAUCUGCUGUAAAAAAUAAUAAAAAGUAAAAACAAUAAAUGAGUAAGAAACUGAAGUGUAUCACAUGAAAUAAAGAUAUUUCACCAAA